AUGGAAGUUGACACAUGUUUAAUAUGGUUAGAUGAAAUUAGAAUUGGGUUUGAUAUUGGCUUAAGAUCUCAAUUAAGACGUAUAAAUAAAAACUUGUUCGUAUUUUUUGAUGAAAUUAAAUGUUUAAAUUAUAUUGAAAAGUUAAGCAAUGAAAAAAGUUUUAAAAAAAUUCACAUUGCUAUGUUGGAUGGAUACUGUACAACAACAAUACCAGUAAUUCAUGAUAAGAAGGAAAUUUAUGCAAUUUAUAUAUUUUGUUCUGAUAAAACAAAUUAUGAAAAAUUAUUAGUCGACUAUCCAAAAAUACGUGCAAUUUCGACCUCAACUGAUCAUAUAAUUGACAUAUUACAAGAUCAAAUUUAUCCCGACAACCUCCUGCGUGAACACCAAUCCAUUUCAAAAUACGAUUUUAUCGUGGAUGAAAAGAGACAAAGCAGUGCAAUACAAGACGAUCAAUAUUUUGAUGCAAACCAGGAUAAUAGUAGCAGACGAAAAAUGGGUAAACGAGACUAG